AUGCAAAUUUCUCGCUCCAAGGGCAAUGCACCCGUCUCAGAUCUUACUUUCCCAGAAAUAAUUUCAUUAACAUCUGCAUACCCCGUGUUCUUGCGCAUACCUGUUAAAUUGACAUUGGCGUCUAUGACGUCGCCGAAAUAUCGGGAUUUUCCAAAUGACAAUCGCGUAACAUUAAACGAUAACAAUUAUCCUAUCGCGUUAUUUCAGAAUGCCUUAAAUCUAUUAGCUCAUAUACUAAUUGGAUUUGUAGUGGGAAUUCCGUUACUUUUUGCAUUUCAAAGUGGAUUGCCACUGGUACCGAUUCAACAACAUAUUGUUUUGUGUGUGCUUGGUUACAAACUGUUGAUGGCAGAAGCAAUUCUUAGUUUAUGCCCUCACAACGGUUGGACCAAUCGUCUUCAAUUAGUACAUAAACGAAGAGUACAUUGGAUCUUACAAGUUUUGGGCUCCAUUUUAGCUAUUGCUGGAAGCACUGUCAUCAUAACACAUAAAUAUAACGAGGACACAAACUUCAACACUUAUCACGGACAAUUUGCUCUAGUGGCUUUGGUAUUUACCACUGUUAGUCUUGUGAAUGGAUUGGCGUCGCUCUAUGCUAACGAGCUUCGCAAAUUUCUUCCCGGGAAUUGGUCAAAGAUAACUCACGUCUGCUUUGGUAUCGUAGCAUUCUCUGCAUCGUGUAUAACCCUCUGCUUCGGUUUUGAUAAGUUGCUGUUUAGAACCUGGGCAGGUUCUGACUUUGCGAACACCUUAAUAGCUUUCACGGUUAUUCUCGCCCUUAUUAUUCUAAUUAAUCCAGCCAUCACUUUCUUCUACAAAUCUAAACGAGUCUUAAAAAGAUGAAACAAUAGUACUAACUUGUUGUGUGUUGUAAUAGUUCGGAAACACUUUAAGCAUUGGAAUCUCA